AUGGCGGGCCUGCGCAUUCUACCAUGGAUGUACUCCAUGGCUCUUUUCCACCUCGCUCAAUCCCGAACUUGUUUGCCUGCGUACCAAGCGCAGACAACUUACGUGGGUUGCUAUCAUGAUCCGAAUUCGCCUCGCGAUCUCGCAGGGCCAUUUUUGACAGUAAAUAAUCUCAAUUCGCCCCAAUAUUGUGCCAACCUAUGCGGUGCGGCUGGUUACCAAUAUGCCGGAGUUGAAUUCACCAUCCAAUGCUUCUGUGGCCACCGCAUUGAAAGCACCUCCGUCAAAGCUGACGAGAGCCAAUGCACUUCACCAUGCCCUGCGGACCCCAGUAAGAUUUGCGGAGGUGGCAACAUGAUCAACAUUUACCAAGUCACUAAUCCAUCGUCAAACCCUCCCUUGACGCCUUCAUUCCCCGACUGCACCCGCGAUCCCCUUUGCAGUAAUGAUGUCUGUGACACCACCAAGAGCAUUGCCCAAAGAGCCGCCGCCAUUGUUUCGCCCAUGACGCUGAAUGAAAAGGUCUCAAACGUAGGCAGUUCUGCUUCUGGCAGUGGACGACUCGGUUUGCCAGCAUACCAAUGGCAGAAUGAAGCGCUUCACGGCGUUGCUGGCAGCACCGCGACCAGCUUCCCUAUGCCUAUUCUUCUCUCUGCCGCAUUUGACGAUGCUCUCGUCCAGAGCGUAGCCACUGCUAUCAGCACCGAGGCUCGUGCGUUUGCCAACUAUGGAUUUGCUGGUUUGGACUUUUGGACGCCAAACAUCAACCCAUUCCGUGAUCCCCGCUGGGGUCGAGGCAUGGAGACCCCUGGAGAGGAUGCAUUCCGUAUCUCGGGCUAUGUAUUGGCUUUGGUCAACGGCCUUCAGGGCGGAAUUGAUCCCGAUUACUUCAGAACUAUCUCAACAUGCAAGCACUUUGCUGCUUACGAUAUCGAGAACGGUCGCACUGGCAACAAUCUCACGCCUACCCAGCAGGAUAUGGCUGAUUACUAUCUUCCAAUGUUCGAGACCUGCGUUCGUGACGCAAAGGUCGGAUCCAUCAUGUGCGCCUACAAUGCAGUUGAUGGCGUGCCAGCUUGUGCUGAUAGCUAUCUCCUCCAAUCUGUGCUUCGCGAUGGCUAUAAUUUUACCGAGGACUUCAACUACGUUGUCUCCGACUGCGACGCUGUCGAGAACGUUUUUGACCCCCACCAUUAUGCCGCCAACUUGACUCAAGCUGCUGCCAUGUCUCUAAAUGCCGGCACUGAUCUUGACUGUGGUAGCUCUUAUAACGUCUUGAACGCCUCGGUGCAGGCUGGUAUGACAACAGAGGCCACUCUUGACAAGUCAUUGAUUCGAUUGUACUCUGCACUCGUCAAGGUCGGAUGGUUCGAUCAACCCGCAGAGUAUAGCUCUCUUGGCUGGGGCAAUGUCAACACCACACAAACCCGAACCCUUGCGCACGAUGCCGCCACUGGAGGAAUGGCCCUGUUGAAGAACGAUGGCACUCUCCCGCUUUCACCCACUCUCCAGAAUGUCGCAGUCAUUGGUCCCUGGGUUAAUGCCACCACCCAGUUGCAAGGCAACUAUGCUGGUACAGCACCGGUAUUGGUGAACCCCCUGACAGUCUUCCAGUCAAGGUGGCGCAAUGUAAAGUACGCACAGGGAACCGCCAUCAACUCUCAAGACACUAGUGGAUUCAAUGCUGCUCUCUCUGCUGCAAGCUCUUCCGAUGUCAUCGUUUAUCUCGGAGGAAUUGACAUCUCUGUGGAGAACGAGGGCUUUGACCGUAGCGCAAUCACCUGGCCCGGAAACCAGUUGAACUUGAUCUCUCAAUUGGCUAACCUUGGCAAGCCCUUGGUUAUCGUGCAGUUUGGAGGUGGCCAGAUUGAUGACAGUGCUUUGCUGAGCAACUCCAAGGUCAACUCCAUCUUGUGGGCUGGAUAUCCCGGCCAAGAAGGUGGUAAUGCUCUCUUCGACGUCCUUACCGGUGCAAGCCCGCCAGCCGGCAGACUUCCCAUCACUCAAUACCCUGCUAACUAUAUCAACAACAACAACAUCCAAGACAUGAACCUUCGACCAUCCGGAAGCAUUCCUGGACGUACAUACGCAUGGUAUACUGGUACUCCCGUCCUUCCCUUCGGUUACGGAUUGCACUACACCAACUUCUCCGUGUCAUUGGGAUCCACGAAGACUGCUGGCACUGAUGUCGCCACUAUUGUUAACAACGCCGGAUCAAACAAGGACCGAGCAACAUUUGCAACCAUCGUCGUGAACGUCAAGAACACCGGUGGCAAAGCAAAUCUAGCAUCUGACUACGUCGGCCUGCUGUUCCUGAAAUCCACGAAUGCCGGCCCCGCGCCUCACCCGAACAAGCAGUUGGCCGCAUACGGACGUGUCAAGAAGGUGGGCGUUGGUGCAACAUCACAGCUUACUUUGACGGUGCCCCUCGGAGCGCUUGCUCGUGCAGACACCAACGGUGAUAGAUGGGUCUACCCGGGUGCUUAUACAUUGACCCUGGAUGUCAACGGGCCAGUGACGUUCAAUUUCACUUUGACUGGUUCAGCAACAAAGAUCAGCACUUUGCCAAGAAGAUCCUGA